AUGGGUACUUCCUCCGGAUUCUUCUUAAGAGUGAAUGCUGAAGCGUAUGAUGAUGUAUGGUGUGUUACAAUUGGAACCCAAACAGUAGAUCUUUCACAAUAUUUGAUUGCGUUUUGGGGUCAAAGGGGGAAAACAUUAAGAGACAAGGUUUGGGAAGUAUUUUGUUCUGUUUUGGGGGGACAGGAUUUUGGAGGCUCCACUCUUCGUUUUGUACAUCAUGUCCUUACCAUCUUUGACUUGAGGAGCUGGCUCCCUCCUUUUCCUUUUCUUCCACACCUUCACACUAGCUUUUCAUGUUUUCUUGGUCUCCAUGUGGGUCUUGGGCUAAGAAACCUUCCAACAUUAGCUGCAUUGCAUUACGUUGCUGACAAGUUGUCUCCCUUGGACUUGUUCUGUUCAUUUCCUUGUGUGAAGCUCCCAAAAGGGAAGAAAUGCAUUGAAGUUUAUUACGUGCAUUGUGGUAGGAUUAGAAGAAUGGCAGGAGGAGGAGCUGCACCACAACCCAAGCAGGAUGAGCAUCAACCACAUCCAGUGAAAGAUCAACUACCACAUGUAUCUUUCUGCAUUACAAGUCCUCCUCCCUGGCCGGAGGCAAUCCUACUUGGUUUCCAACAUUACCUGGUGAUGCUAGGCACAACUGUUCUGAUUCCCAGCUCCCUUGUUCCUCAGAUGGGAGGAGGAAAUGAAGAGAAAGCAAAAGUGAUCCAGACUCUACUGUUUGUGGCUGGCAUAAACACUUUUUUCCAAUCAUUCUUUGGGACUCGUUUGCCUGCAGUUAUUGGGGGAUCCUACACCAUUGUGCCAACAACCAUUUCAAUCAUUCUGGCAGGUCGCUACAGUGACAUUGUGAAUCCUCUGGAGAAAUUUGAGAGGAUAAUGCGCGGAACACAGGGUGCCCUUAUUGUUGCCUCAACCCUACAGAUUGUCCUUGGUUUCAGUGGCCUUUGGCGCAAUGUAGUGAGGCUCUUAAGUCCUCUCUCUGCUGUUCCCUUGGUUGCUCUGUCAGGCUUUGGGCUGUACGAACUGGGUUUUCCUGUGCUUGCAAAAUGUGUAGAGAUUGGCCUGCCAGAAAUCAUCAUUCUAGUAGUUUUUUCUCAGUACAUUCCUCAUAUGAUGAAAGGAGAAAAGCCUAUCUUUGAUCGCUUUGCAGUUAUAUUCUCAGUGGCAAUUGUGUGGAUUUAUGCUCAUCUUCUUACAGUUGGUGGAGCUUACAGAAAUUCAGCUCCUAAAACUCAAAUUACUUGCAGAACUGAUCGUGCUGGAAUUAUAGGGGGUGCUCCUUGGAUAAGUAUCCCAUACCCUUUUCAAUGGGGAGCUCCUACAUUUGAUGCUGGAGAAGCUUUUGCCAUGAUGGCUGCUUCAUUUGUUGCUCUAGUAGAGUCAACUGGUGCCUUCAUUGCUGUGUCAAGGUACGCAAGUGCAACACCAAUUCCACCUUCAGUUCUUAGUCGUGGUGUUGGUUGGCAGGGAGUGGGAAUUUUGUUGUCUGGAAUCUUUGGCACAGGGAAUGGAUCAUCAGUUUCUGUAGAGAAUGCAGGACUGUUAGCUUUGACACGUGUAGGCAGUCGAAGAGUUGUUCAAAUAUCAGCUGGAUUCAUGAUCUUCUUCUCAAUUCUUGGAAAAUUUGGAGCUGUUUUUGCUUCAAUUCCAGCUCCAAUAGUUGCAGCUUUAUAUUGUCUUUUCUUUGCCUAUGUAGGCUCAGCAGGUCUAGGUUUCCUUCAAUUCUGCAAUUUAAACAGCUUUAGAACUAAAUUCAUCUUAGGCUUCUCCAUUUUCAUGGGCUUCUCCAUACCACAAUACUUCAAUGAGUACACAGCAUUCAAAGGCUACGGUCCUGUACACACGAGAGCAAGAUGGUUCAAUGACAUGAUCAAUGUGCCAUUUGCAUCUGAGGCAUUUGUUGCUGGUACCUUGGCACUUAUCUUGGACGUUACAUUGCGAAAGAAGGACAACCAAACCCGAAAGGACAGAGGCAUGCACUGGUGGGACAGAUUCCGUUCGUUCAAGACAGAUACCAGGAGUGAAGAGUUCUAUUCACUACCUUUCAAUCUGAACAAGUUUUUCCCUUCUGUGUGA